CGUUGUUAUUGUAUAAAACGGGAGAAUAUUUCAACUUAUAUCUCAGUCGCCGCCAAGUGUUACUAAAAAUGGCGCGUUUUAACUUAAUUUGUUUAACAUUUGUAGUGAUUUUGGGACUUGCUCUUGCAGGUGUACGAUUACCUCGAUCUCCUCAAUUUGGUGGUAGACCAGGAGGUUUUGGCCAAGGUGGUUUCGGCCAAGGCGGUUUCGGCCAAGGUGGUUUCGGCAAUGGCGGGUUUGGGCAAGGUGGUUUUGGCAAUGGCGGCUUUGGACAAGGUGGUUUUGGGAACGGCGGGUUUGGACAAGGUGGAUUCGGACAACGAGGUUUUGGACAAGGUGGUUUCGGACAAGCUCGUGGACAAGGUGGCUUCGGGCAAAGGGGCUUUGGACAAGGUGGCCUUGGCAACGGUGGUUUCGGGCAAAAUGGUUUUGGCCAAGGUGGUUUUGGACGGGGUUUCGGAGGAUAAAUUAAGUGAUUUAUGAGAGAACUACAUAACGGUUUCGAUUGAGAUGAUUGAUUUAAUGAUGUACUCUGUAUUUAUUUUUUAAACUACAUACGUUAAUAUGUUUUUUAUGUGAUACUAAUGUUAUUUAAUAAAUGUACAAAAUGUUUAAA